CUUCCUCGUCUGCCCUCGUGCUCUGGCAGCCUGCUCUCUCUUCCCCUCGGCAGAGAAGAGGCGAUGGCGGCGGUGGCACCUCUCGGGGCCCUGGCACUCCUCCUGCUGUCCGGCCUCUCCUGCUGCUCAGGUAGCGGCGUGGCCGGCGCCUGUGCGGGCGAGCCCUCCCUGGUGGCGCCCUUUUCCGUGUGGAGACGGCUACGGCAGAGGUUCCUUUCUCUCGGGGCAGCUCGGUCUAAGGGGGCAAGUUGUGCUUCUGGACCUAGAGCCUCCUCCUUUCUUUCCCUCAAGAGAUGCUGGGCAGAGGCGUGCAUGGAGCCCCAGAUCACACCGUCCUAUUACACCACCUCGGACGCCGUCAUCUCCACAGAGACGGUCUUCAUCGUGGAGAUCUCCCUGACCUGCAAGAACAGGGUCCAGAACAUGGCUCUUUAUGCUGACGUCAGUGGCAAACAAUUUCCUGUCACCCGGGGCCAGGACGUUGGGCGUUACCAGGUGUCGUGGAGCCUAGACCACAAGAGUGCCCAUGCGGGCACCUAUGAGGUCAGAUUCUUUGAUGAGGAGUCCUACAGCCUCCUGAGAAAGGCUCAAAGAAAUAACGAGGACAUUUCAGUCAUCCCACCGCUGUUCACAGUCAGCGUGGACCACCGGGGUACCUGGAACGGGCCCUGGGUCUCCACAGAGGUGCUGGCUGCAGUGGUUGGCCUGGUGAUCUACUACCUGGCUUUCAGUGCAAAGAGCCAUAUCCAGGCCUGAGGCCUGAAGGCAGAGUGUGGGGGCUCCGGGUCUCCUUUGCUUCUUUCAAUAAAUACCCAUUAGCCACUAUAAGCAGUCAGGA